AAAAAAGUGUAUUUUAAUUUGUCAUUUCUGUAACUUCUGUGUUGAUUUUUAAACAUAUUUCAAUUUCAACUGAACGUGCAAUCGCCGACACUAAAAAUAUACAUAUAUACAUAAAGAGAAGAGAUCGAAAUAAAAAACCUCGUGUGUACAAAAAGCGGCACAACAUUCUCAGUGAUAUACACAUAUUAACAAUACAUACACACACCAUAUAUAAUUAGUAGCUCGGCUGAUAUUUAAACAGCGCAUAGCAACAGUUUAAAUGUGAACAGCGCAAACAUUUUAUAAAUAUAUGUGCAAUUAUUGUUAAACACUUUUAAAAGGCAUUAUUUUUUGAAAAGCGAAUAGCAAAGACCCGUGAAAAGAAACAAAAAACUGACUUUUGUGCUGUUCCAAUGUAGCCCUUCAUGGAUAAUUAACACGAACGCGCUUUGAGACUUGAGUUUCGUGUUAAAAAUAUAAUAGCUGUGACAAAUAAAGUAGCAAAAAAGUAACAAAUUAGUUUAAACGUAUUAAGAAGCAGAAGUAAAAAAUUCAUUCAACAAACACUGUGACAUCCAAGUGAGUCACGAGCGACACAAAAAUUUCCGUUCUUCAAAUGGGUUGACUUGUGAUAUUGAAACAUCCUGAACCCGGGAAACAAAAGGGAUACAGCUGGAAUCCAUGUAAGCCAAACAUACGACUGGAAAUAGAACCCCCAACCGCAAUAGGAACAAUAAACAAUAACUUCGCUGCAGUUUAGAAAUUUCUUGAAAUUUCUCUGGAAACUGUUUGGAUUACUGCCCCAGAGCAGAGCACCACCCAUGAACCACACGGUCGCUUCGCCUGACAGCGCGGCCUCCGUCUCCAGCAGCAGCAGCAGCAGCAGCAACAGCAGCACCCGUAGCCCCUACACUGGCGUAAAGGUCCAAAAUCUGAUCAACAUCCUGGGCCAUUCCUACGCCGUGCGUGCGGACCUCAAUUAUUCGCCCUAAGUGGUCGAGUGAGAGAUUUGGAAAGUAUCGAGCAGAGUCUACGCUUGUGAGGAAGCGAGGACAAUCGGUGAUCGUAGAAGCACCAAAGCAUUCCUUUUUUAACAUCCAGUCCACGUAAAAGGCUUCAAGACGGCCGGAACAAUGCUUAAAGUAGUCGGUGCGUCAUGGCAGAAAACGCGGAUAGGGACGUAUAUACUGAUCGGAGCCGGUUUACUGGUGAUCGGUGCGUUCUUUAUCGCCUACAUGGAUCGGCCCGAAUACGAUGGCACAUACUGUGCCACAGCAUACUGGACGAAACAGGCUGGCUUUAAGAUCGAAAAUUGGAAGCAACAAAACGAUUUAGUAAACAUUCCGCAGGGCGUCGCAAGAAUAUGUUAUAAGGACUCUGUCUAUGAGAAUGGAUGGGCGCAAAUCGAGGUGGAAACACAACGUAGUUAUCCGGAUUGGGUGCAGGCCUAUGCAGCAGGCAUACUCGAGGGUUCACUGACCUGGAAGAACAUCUACAAUCAGUGGGCCAACACCAUUUCGUCAUCGUGUGAACGCGAUGAGAACUCGCAACAGUUCUGUGAAUGGCUGCGCGAAUUGCUUCUCAGCAAUUAUCAGCGCCUGAAGUCCCAGGCUGUCCUGCGGGCCGAACACGAUCACUACUGGCAUCAGCUGCACCUGUUCUUUAAUCAGCUGGAGGGUCUAGAGACGGGCUAUAUUCGUGGAGCAGUGCGCGCACGCUCGGACUUGGAGGAAGAGAUACCUUUGUCGGAUUUUUUGCUCAUGAACGCGGCGGCCGAUAUACAGGAUCUGAAGAUCUACUAUGAGAACUAUGUGUUGCCAAACAUCACAGCUACACCCCCAGAGAGGGGGCAGACGAGUGCGACUGGCGGCGAGCCUGUUGCCAAGAAUUUCUUUCUGCCCAGCGCCACGAUGCUGACGCGUAUUUUGCAGCCGGCAGAGUCUCCGCAGUCGCUGCAGUUGCUCUUUGGCCACAGCACGGCCGGCAGCUAUUCAUCGAUGCUACGCAUACAGAAGCGCUACAAAUUCCAUUAUCACUUCUCGCCCAAUCAGCGAACCAACACGGUGCCCGGCGUGGACAUCACAUUCACCGGCUACCCAGGCAUACUUGGAUCCACGGAUGACUUCUAUGUGGUGAAGGGUAGACAGGUGCAGUCGAUUGUCGGCGGCGUGGGCAUCAAGAAUGAGAAUUUACAGCUGUGGCAGGCGGUGAAUCCCAAGGAUGUGGUGCCACUGGUGGCACGAGUUAUGGCCGCAAAUCGCAUUUCACAAAAUCGCCGCACUUGGGCGCGUGCCAUGGCACGAUUCCCCUACACGGGUGCCAAGCAAUGGAUCAGCGUUGAUUUGGGAAAAUUGGGUGCUCAGGGUAGUCUCUACAGUGCUCUGGAAACGGACGAAAAACAUGACGACGCACCAGUGCCGGUUAAUGCACAGGACACGGCCUCGAUUUCGGAGCGCCAGGAUCAGCGUAAGGGCAUGGUUUGGAUAGCCGAACAGCUGCCGGGUCGCAUGCACAUCAAGGAUGUGACCGAAACUUUUCUCGCCGGCGGCAAUACGACAUGGGUGGCCAAUGGAGUGCCCUAUUUUGACGAGAUACUCGAGGCGAGCGGUGUCACGCGUGAGAACUAUAAUGCCGAUUUGACGCGCGCCGAGGAGGCAGAGCUGACCAAUCUGGAGGCAGUCGAUAAGUUUCUGCGAACACGCGGAUUCCGUGGUGAUCUGUUGGGCGAGGAGUCCAUUGCGUAUGGGAACAUUGAUCUGAAGCUCUUCUCCUACAAUGCCCGUCUGGGCAUGAGCGACUAUCAUGCCUUGGCGGGACCAAUUUUCCUGCGCCUCCAACACAUGCAAGCGCGUUCGCUCAGCGGCGAGCACUUGGAGGAUGCGGCAGAUGCGGCGGAUGAGGCUGAUGAGGCUGCACCCGCAGCCAUCGGUGACGAACGCUUGAGCGUAACCAUCGAUGAUGCUGCCGGCCUGGCCGAACUGGAACUGAUUACGGAACGGCGGCCAGUGCGCAAUGAUAUGCGAGCUGUUGCGAUGCGGCGUCUGGGAACUGGACCCUUCAAAUGGUCCAGUCUGCAAGGCGUCGAUGGCGGCAAUCACGAAGGUCAUCCGGACGAGUGGAACUUUGACAAGGUGUCGCCCAAAUGGGCGUGGUAGAAAAAGCGCUCACCUCUGCAACAACAACAUCAUCCCUCUGCUAAAAACCCAUUCAUUAUCUAUAGGUAGAAAUCGUCCGUCGUCCACAUUAUGUACUUAUCUCCCGUAUCUCUGCGAGCAACAGAAAAAAAACACCAACAACACAAACAAUUCGAAUUUUAUCUUUGUAAUUUACUGAGAAGCAAUUAUUGUUUAAUAAUGUAUGUAUUUCGUGUGUGUUCUUAGCUGAUAAUCGUAGAAACGAAUGUGUUGCGUCCAUAGUCAUUAAACUAGUAGUCUUUAUAUUGUGCGCUCAAAUCUAAAAAUACUGUCUUCCAGCCUUGCACAAUUUUCGAGGUAUCUUUUUAAAUUGUAAUAUUUUUAUAGCAUCAAAUUUAGAAUAAAUAGUAAUUUUAUAAAAAAAAAAGCUAUUUAAAAACAAA